GGCCGAUCCGCCUCGGGAGCUGCUGCCGGAGCCGGCGCCCGCCAUGGGCGCGGGGCGCGGGGGGAUGCGCUGCAUCAAGAUCCUGCUCUUCAUCUUCAACCUGACCUUCUGGCUGGCAGGACUGGCUGUCAUUGCCUUCGGGCUGUGGCUGCGCUUCGGCGGGGCGAUGGCAGACUUUGCUACAGACAAAAAGUCCCCGGAGUAUUUCUUCCUGGGGCUCUACGUGUUGGUGGGAGCAGGGGCCAUCAUGUCUGCAGUUGGAUUUUUCGGGUGCUGUGGAGCAGCACGGGAGUCUCAGUGCUUGCUUGGAGCAUUCUUUGCUUGCUUGUUGGUGAUAUUUGCAGCUGAGGUCACUGCUGGAGUAUUUGCCUUUCUAGGCAAGAAAGUGGCAAUACAGGAAGCCCAGAAGAUCUAUGAAGAUGCUUAUGAUGAUUAUAUGAAAAACCCAGUGGGGAAGGUCAACAGUACCAUCUAUCGCUACCACGUGGCUCUCCAAUGCUGUGGGAAAGGUAACGUGGAACAACAAGUGGGAUUACCCUGUCCAGAGAAUAUCCAGCUGCCAAAGAACUGCCUGGUUGAAAUUCAGAAUGUAAUUGAUACUAAUCUGCAUUUAGUUGGAAUUGUUGGAAUUGCAAUUGCUGGCAUCACAAUCUUUGGCAUGAUAUUCAGCAUGGUUCUGUGCUGUGCCAUCCGUAACACACGGGACAUGAUCUAAAACUGUCACGGCACAACUGGGUCCCAGGAGUUCCAGACUAAGCUUACAAGAAGUGCUCUUCUACCCAAUUUAAUAAUUGUAAUGCAUUUUAAUCAGUGUUUUAACAUACUGAGAGGAAAAUAUCCCAUUAGGUGAUCAGGUGAAUUGUAUUAGUUGCAGUAAAACUGAAGUGAACAACAAAAAAAAAGGGGGUUAAAAUGUCCUUUUUAAUGAAAAAUGCAAAAGGUUCAUCUAAGACUAAUUUGAUUUUUAAUGUUUGUAUAUGUGCAAUUAAGAGUUUACACUUGUGUAAGCACAUGCAUAUCUGCCCUUACAAAUGUAUAUGCAUGUGAGCAGGCACCUGGAUGUGCAGUACCUUGUCUAGGUAAGUAUGUGCAAAUGCAAUAUGUUGUGUGUGCAUCCAGAGUCUCCCUGUGCAGGAAUCUGCACAUCCCACAGGGACACAGUGCUUGGAACCCUCUCACACUGAGCCCCUGUUUGACAAGAAUUAGCAGAGGAACAAAUGCCACUGUAAAAAGCAAGACCCACGAUCCAUUUUGUGACUGUUCUUUCCAAAGCCCAAACAGAGUAGAAUUAAUAAAAUCGGACUUUAUUUAAAAAUAACUAAUGCCUAAGGGCCUGCUCCAGCAAACUUUAAUUCAUGUGAGUAGACCCACUGACUUCACUGUCAUGCAGAGACUGGAUAUUUAGUUUUUUUUUAGGACUGGACCCUUCAUGCAAAUGCAGAAAGCUCUGGGGGAGGAAACAUGUCCAAGGAGAUCCAGGCUAAGGGAAGAGGGGGAAAGAGGUGGGAAGCUGACAAGACAAGGCAGUCAUUUGGGAGGAAUUGCAGUGCAAAGUGUGCUUAAGCUUCCCAAGGAGCCUGAGAUACACCAAAAAACCCAACUGUGAGUUAAAGGGGCCACUAAAAUCCAUAUUCAGCAGCCCCUUUGUCCCAAAAGCCUCACUGUGGCUACAAACUGGUGCAGGAGUGGAGCCUAGACCCAGAAAAGCAGCCCCUUUGUCAGAUCUCUCUAGAAUCUAACUGGCCUGUGGAAGCCAAACAAAGAGCAAAAACGGUCAGAAAAAAAACACACAGCACUUUAAAAAUCCUCAAUUUCUGCUUCUGUGACUAUCACAGCUUCCACAGGGCUCUUACCUCAACCUCUCACCCUUUCUUGUGGGUGCAAAGCAGGAAAGAAAGAUGGGACAUUUUUACAGAGCCACAAAGUAAGGUUUCUUACUGGCACCUUUAGAUUGCAUGUCAGGUAUAAAAAUUACACUGUGUGCUUGAAAUACCUCAGGGCUUGCGUUUACAUAGUUUGUUUCUAUAUUUUUAUUUUUCUAUUUGUCAUAUUUAUUCAUAAGAGAAUGUUCCUUUUGAACCAGACUGGGAGGGAGAAAGGUUGUCUCGAGAAGGGGAAAAUAAAUUACAGCCAAGGCUCAGAAUCUCUUAAUUUUUGGCUUACUCGAGAUAAUUCACCAUUUCAGAGAACAGCUUUUUGCUACCAAUAUCCCCACAGCAGCUCUGUCUCUCUGGUGAUCACUAGUUCAGAUUUCUGAUGCAGCUGUUACACACACAUUGGGGAGAAGUUCAGUUAAACUAGACAUCAUGGACCAUUCUGAUGAGCAAGAGCAUUUACAAGUCAUGGGGGUCUUUAUUUCACUGAAUCCCACUGAAAUGAAAUGGGAUUUCAGGAAACAUGUGCAUUCCAGUGCACAUGGUUGUGUGGAUUAUACCCCCUUUAUGAUAUUUAUCUCGUGUUCCAAAAGAAACUCAAACUCCCAUCACUUUUCUGUCACUUCAGAAAUGGAAAUAAGUGUUGCUGCUCCAAGUACCUGGUUGAAUUGACACAUCUUUGCCGUCUUUUGCAUAGAUUUCUCUUUUCAAAUUGCCCUGGCACAAGCUGUGGCACUGCACUAAGUGCUGGCGCUGCCAAGUCAGGCUUGGGUCACUCUGGCACAGCUGGUUAUCAACGGAUGCCAGUUAAAAACUGGGCCUGGGAUCUUACUCUGGAAGUAUCAGCCCAGGAAACAGGACCCCCUGCUCCUAAGAAAGGCCCAGCUGGGACAGUGACAGUGGCAGCAAAUCCACGAGGGUCUCAAGCUGAAACUUAGAAGUCAGUUUUUCCACAGCAGCCAACAAAGUGAUUUCCUGGCUCCCAGGUACACCCGAGACUUCAGUUAAUGGGAUAGUGCCCAGCUGGGGUGUGUUUUCUCAAGGUAAUACUGACAGAAAGAAGAAACCUGUGCAGAGUGGCAUUUUUACCACUCAGAGCAAGCCAGCUUUCCAGGAAAAGCAGGAAAAACAGCACCAUGCCAACAGCACCAUAGCCAGUUGUUCAGGUUCCAAGAUUAUUGCCCUACAGGGAUAGAAAAUGAUGGCAAAUAAAGAGAUUUCCUUCUGUUACACCCCCCCUCGUAAUGACAGUAGUUUAUUUAUUUUAAACACAUCUACAUAGAUAAUUGGGUUUAAUUCCUCAAAUUUGCAGCACCAGAAUGUAAUGAUAGCACCAGAGUUUCUCUCUUUAUCUGUUAUUUCUUGAGUAAGUUGGAAGAUGCCCACUCCUGCUUUGAGAUGCACUGAACACACAGGCAGCUUGCAGAACCUGCUGUUGCUUCCCCAGCCCCCCCACUCCCCCAGAAGUACAAAACCAUCUCAGUGCCUUAGGAAAACAGGGAAAAGUGGUA